GCAAGCGAUUGCAGAUGAUGCUCCGGAAAGCGCAGGCAAAAGCAAAGCGAAUCUUUAGUUCGAGAGUAGCCGCAAACUGGGUAGGACCUCGCUUAGGAACGAACGGGAAAGGUCAACGGUGCCAGGAUGACGAUAAAGAUUGCGCUCAUCCAGCUGCGGGUCGUGGAGUCGAAGGAUAAGAACCUCAAGAACGCCGUCGAUCUGAUACGUAUAGCUAAGAAGGAAAAGGAAGCGAACGUGGUCGUGCUCCCGGAGUGUUUUAACGCUCCGUACACGGUGGAUUCGCUGGCGGCCGUCGCGGAGCCGGUGCCGGACGGUGAGACUUGUCGCGCACUAGCGAAGGCGGCAACCGAUUACGGGGUGUACGUCGUCGGUGGAUCGAUCGUGGAGUCGCUUGGCGGCCAGCUGUACAACACGUGCACUGUCUGGGGACCGGAGGGUGACCUACUGGCAACGUAUCGCAAGGUGCAUCUGUGCGAUUCGAGUCUCAGCGGAAAGACCACGGUCCCGGAAACGAAGCUCUUCACCGCCGGAAGCCAGUUUGCCACCUUCACCGUUGCGGAAACCCGAAUCGGGUUGGGUAUCUGCUGGGACAUGCGUUUUCCCGAGUUUGCCGCAGCCUACCGAGCGCUCGGGUGUGACCUGCUGAUCUACCCUGCGGUCUGUGACGUACCGACCGGCGAACUUCACUGGGAACUGCUGGCGAAGGCACGCGCUCUCGACAAUCAAACCUUCGUCGCGUUUUGCUCACCGGCGCGUGACACACACGCCAAACUGAUCCCGUAUGGCCACUCUCUCGUGGUCGAUCCGUGGGGCAGUGUCUUACAACGGGCCACGGAGUUUCAAGAGAUUGUGGUGGCCGACCUGGUGCUGAAAGAGCUUACGAUGGUACGCCACCGAAUACCGGUGUUCGAUCAGAAGCGGGCCGAUAUGUACGAGCUAAAGGUCAGAUCCUCCUGAUUGCCCCGUUCUGAGGAUGAUGAUGCAUUGUUCGAAACAUAUAAAUCAAUAGUUCGUGCGACCUCCCGAUAGAUGGUAGUGGAUGCCAACCAGUCCUCAGGACAUUAGUGUUAUUGUAUGUUUUUUUUGUUUUUACUGAUAAUGGAAUAAUAAUGUUUACCAAGCCGUGGCGCUGUGAUGUAA